AACACGACCAUGACCAAGAGAAUUAUUAGUUAAGACAUUUACCCCAAGAUGGAUUCUGAUCCGGAUAAUCCACCUUUGUUUGAGCAGGUUGAGUCUGAGGAGGUUCAAAUUUACACAAUCAGUAAAACUGAGUCUCCUUUAUCCACUAAAGAAAAAUCUGUUCUUCAUUGUGAUCUCUGUGAGUUCAAAACCAACUGGAAAGUUAACUUAACAAGACACAGAAAUUCGAUUCAUUUCUCAACAGUUUACAAAUGUGAGAGCUGUGAUUAUGUAGCUACGAGGCUAACAACGCUGAACACGCACAAGAAAACCGCCCACGAAGGAUGCGUUUAUUUUUGUGAUCAGUGUAGUUUUUCCGCCACAUGGAAACAGACUUUAAAGCGCCACAAGGCUUCUAAACAUGAAAUGAAAAGGUUUCCUUGUGACUAUUGUGAUUUUACUGCCACACGUCGGGAACAUUUGAAAAACCACGAGAAAUCCUCCCACCUUGGACAAAUAUUCUCCUGCUCUCAGUGUCCGUUUAAGGCUAAAUGGAAGUCGAAUUUAAACAGACAUGUUGAUUCUAUUCACAGUGGUGUGCAAUAUUCUUGUAUUGACUGCAGUUACAAGACAAAUCUUAAAAUGCAUCUUAAGCAUCAUAUUUCCAGAAAACAUACGGUAGGAAAACUUGAGCAAUGUUCCUUAUGCAGUUAUACAACAACUACAAAGGAAGUUUUGAAGAAGCACAUGAAGAAUCGGCAUCAGAACUCAGUAACACAGGAAGCACGUGAAGAAAUGUACAAGAGAACAGAGGAGAAUGAAUUGACGCAUUUUCUAGAACUUAAUUCAGCUGACGAGGGUGCCGUAUUUUACUUGUCUGAGGAUGUGAAUGGUACCCGGAUACUUGAGGAGAUGAAUCCGAACCCUUCCUUCAAACUCUCAACGUUCUCUCUGAACCAGAGUAUUGAGCUUGACCCGGAGCAGGGCGAAUAUCUGCUCUUGAGAGCGGGAACCUGAUCAGGGUUGUAUUUGAUUCAGGAAAAGAUGAGUUAGGAUCUUAAAAAGUUUAGAAUCCGAUUUUAAAAAAAAUUCGUUCCAAUUUUACUCUCCAAUCACUUCGAUCAUUUUACUCCGUUUUCUCGACUUUUUCCAUCUUUCCUCUAAAGGAGAUUAACUUCUAUCCGAGAUUUGCCAUUAGUUUCAACCCUCUCCCCUUGCUUAAUUUCUUUAAGCUGCUUAUUCGGAAAUCAUUAAAAUCAGUUAUUUUUAAGAAUGGGAAGAUUCAGUAACCCUGUAGAAGUUAACUUGGGGAAAAUUCAACUCUCAAUUUCAAUCUGAAAACUUACUGAUCAUUUUUGUUGCCAAAAGAUGAAAAUUAAAUCAUAUACAAUGUUAUUUGUUAAAGCUAUUUAUUUUAUCUUGUGAUUUGAUUUUUGUUAAAAAUUUCA